AUAACAGUCUGUUACAAGGAGCCCUACAAAGUGGUAGAGUCCGGAUAUGCAGGGUUCACCUUCCCAAUCGAGAUACAUCUAAGGAAUGACGGAUAUCCCAAAUCUAUAAGAUUCGAGUACACUCUGUUUUUGGGAGUUAAAGAUUGGGUGGAGUAUGAUAGAACUGAACUGGUCCUUUUUGAAAAUCCCAGUGUCCGCUUUUACGAGAAAUUGCUAAAAGCAACAACGGUCAGUAUUUGGUUAUCUAUGCCCGGUUAUAUUUUAUUCAAAUUUAUUUGA